AUGCUACCAUCGGCAAAUUAUUGGCCAGUUUUAAUCAAUAUUUUAAUACAAAAAUAUUUGUCUCACUUGACCACCACCUGUAUUUUGUGGCAUGCCGACUUUGAUGUGAUCUUAGAGGCCAACAGCAACUAUAAUGUUUUAAUGCAAAUUACACCAAAGGAUUUAAAUGCAUCUUUUUCCCGGGAUAUUUAUAAUUUUACGCAGCAAGAUGAACAUUAUAAUAGCAAUCAGGUGUAUUAUACGGAUUUGGUAAAGAAAUAUACAGCGGCCAUUACGGAUACUUAUUGUGAGGGCUUUUUGGUCUUUCAAGAUGAUAUUCCCUUAUUUGCCGAGUCUUUUCGAAAAGCCAGCCUUUACGCCAUAUGGCGUUCAAUGUACUCCAGAUUCAUAUUUGUUUAUGUCAAGGAUCGGCAAGAGGAGGACUAUUUUCAAGAUAUUUUAUUCCAAAAUCAAGCCAGUCUUUUGGUAGUGGAGGCAGACACUAUGAAUUCCUCGACAUUCUCAUUGAAAACCAACAAGUUUGUGGGUCCUAGAAGUGAACAUCCUGAGGAAAUGUUUUUACUAUCCACCUUUGAUGCAGUAAACAAAACCUUUUCUCCCGAUAUUGAUUUAUUUUCCACCGAAAGGCUGCUGGAUUUAAAAGGCCGUGAGAUUAGAGUGGCCUCUUUGGAUUAUCGUCCAUUUGUGGCUGUGGACUUUAAUCGUGCACCUUUGUACUAUGACCAGGCAGAAGAUAAUCCCACACAUUUGGUGCAUGUAGAUGGGGCCGAGACCCGGAUUUGUCAUACAUUUUGUGAAUUGUAUAAUUGUACCGUGCAGUUUGAUACUUCUGAAAAAGAGGAAUGGGGCACUUCGUAUGCCAAUUUCACUGCUGAUGGUCUUAUUGGUUUGAUAAUGACUGGCAAGGUGGAUAUGACCUCUGGAGCUAUAUUUGCUUGGAUCACCGACUAUGUCAACAUAGAUGUUACACAUUUCUUGGGACGCUCUGGAGUCACCUGUUUAGUACCGGCCCCCAGACGUGUAGUUAGUUGGGAUUUGCCUUUGAAACCGUUUAAACUGACCCUCUGGGCUGUUAUUAUGGAUGUGUUAGUCGUUGAAAGUGUAAGUCUGCUUUUGGCACGACAAUUUGAACAGACUAUGGAAUAUCCCGAGAACAAUAACCCCUGGAUGGCAAGUUCUAUGUUUGGCUUUAUAUCGGCCUUUAAGUUAUUUUUAAGCCAGGGCACCGAUUAUCUGGUGCAAGGCGAUACUUUGAAAGUCAUACUGUUUGCCUGCUAUAUGAUGGAUAUAAUAAUAACCAGUGUCUAUGGUGGGGGCUUGUCCUCCAUAUUAACCAUGCCCAUUUUGGAAGAGGCCGCCGAUUCAGUGGAGAGAAUGUAUACUCACAACUUGAAAUGGGCUGCUACUUCUUAUGUCUGGGUAGAGUCCAUAGCUCAUGUGGAUGAUGAUCCCAUUAUCAUGCGCCUUUUAUCCAAUUUCAAAACCUAUAAAUUUGAAGAUGUCCGCGAAAUGGCCAAAACCGAGAACAUGGGCUUUGCCGUGGAACGUUUAGAGUUUGGUCAUUUCGGUAACUUUGAUUUCAUAACACCCGAGUCUAUAAAUCGUUUAAAACUCGCUUUGGAUGAUAUUUACUUUGGCUACACCGUGGCCAUGGUUAGCCGCCUAUGGGCUCAUUUACCCAUCUACAAUGAUCUAAUAUUGGCCUGGCACUCCUCGGGUUUUGAUAAGAUUUGGGAGUGGCGAAUUACCGCCGACUUUCUCAAUGUUAAUGAGCAAAAUCAAGUGAUUGCCUCCAGGAAUUUUAAUUUUGAUACGGGUCCCGUUAAACUGGGUAUGAGCAAUUUUGGUGGCAUGAUUUUGUUGUGGCUGCUGGGCAUGGGUGUCAGUGUGCUGGUGUUUGGCGGAGAGCUGUUGGCCUAUAAAAUGAUUCAGAAGAAAUUAAAAGAGAAACAAGCCGAGGAUGACAUAAUUUUUCUAAGAAACAACAAGAUGCAGCUGGUGGAAAACCAAAAUCAUUGGUCUACUGUAAUCAAUUUAUUGGUGCAACAAUAUUUUGUUAAUUUAACAACAAUAUGUGUUUUGUGGUCUCAAAAUUUCGAUUUAAAGUUAACAACUUCUGCUGACAGCAGUACAGCAAUAGUGCAAAUAAAUCCUUUGAAGUUAAGUGGAAGUUUUGGCAAUGACAUGUACAAUUUUACGGCACGUGAGGAAAGGGAUAAUAAAAAUAAUGUUUUUUAUGAUGAAUUGAUAAAGAAAUUAAUAGCGGCCAUAGAGCAAACACACUGUGAGGGAUUUUUAGCCUUUCAAGAUGACAUACCCAGAUUUGCCCAGGCUUUUCCAAAAGCCAGUACUUAUUCCAUUUGGCGUUCUAUGAACAAUAGAUUUUUAUUUGCUUUUAGCAAACAUCAGCAAAAGCAGCAUUAUUUCCAGGAUUUAUUUUUCAAAAGUCAUAUCAAUAUUUUGGUUCUUGAAGCUGACUACUUAAACUCUUCGGUAUUUCACUUGAAAACUAAUAAAUUUGUGGGCUUCAGGCAACAACAGCCUGAUAAAUUGCUUAAAUUAACCACAUUCUAUGCCUUGAAUCGUACAUUUAUGCCGGCAAUAGAUUUAUAUGACAACAACUCUAACAAGUUAAGGAAUCUCCAGGGUAGAGAGAUAAUUAUUGGGGCAUUCGACUAUCGUCCUUUUGUGGCAGUUGAUUUUAAACGCCUGCCUCAAUACUACGACCAGGCGCCGGAUAAUCCCUUACAUUUGGUUCAUGUGGAUGGUGCAGAGAUUCGCAUGUUUCAUACGUUUUGUGAAUUAUAUAAUUGCACUGUACAAUUUGAUACUUCUGAAAAGGAUGAAUGGGGCUUGGGCUUUGACAACUACUCUGGCUAUGGCUUAAUUGGCAGGAUUAUAGAGGGUAAAAUUCAUGUGGCCAUGGGAGCCAUGUAUGCCGUUCAUUCAGAUUAUGCCGCCAUUGAUAUGACCACCUAUGUAGGACGUUCGGGUGUUGUUUGCUUGGUGCCAGCUGCCUUACCUCAAACCAGCUGGUAUUUGCCUUUGCGUCCCUUCAAACUAACACUCUGGUUGGCUGUUUUAGGUUGUUUGUGUUUGGAAACUAUAGUGCUUUUCUUGGCCCGUAAAAUUGAACCAUCUGUAGCUAAAAACCCAGACUCCUGGUGGUCUUGCUUAGAAUUUGGUUAUACCACCAGUUUAAAAUUAUUUAUAAAUCAAAACUCCUCGUAUAUAGUAGAAUCUCAUACAGUGCGUACUUUAUUGUUUGCUUGUUAUACGAUUGAUAUAAUACUAACCAGUGUCUAUGGGGGAGGUCUAUCCUCAGUGUUGACUUUACCCACUUUUGGAGAAACUGCUGAUUCUGUACACAAAUUAUACAAAUACAAUUUGCCUUGGUCGGGCAGUUCUUGGGCAUGGUUGGAGUCCAUAAAUGGCAGUCAUGAAGACAAGAAUUCCCUUUACAAACGUCUGGUUGAUAAUUUCAUACUGCACAGCAUGGAUGAAAUGCGCUCAAAGGCUAAAACCGACAACAUGGGCUUUGUUUUGGAACGCCUAACAUUUGGUCAUUUUGGUGGUGGUGAUUUCAUAACACCCGAAGCCUUGCAGCGCUUAAAGCUUAUGGUAGAUGAGAUAUACAGUCAAUUUACGGUGGCUAUGGUAUCUCGUCUGUGGCCACAUUUAGAUAAAUUUAAUGAUCUUUCUCUGCGUUGGCAUUCUUCGGGCUUGGAUAAAUUUUGGGAAUGGAAAAGUACAGCGAAAUAUUUGAAUGUCAAUGAACAAAAUCAAGUGGAGGCUUCGAAACAUAUUAACUAUGAUUUGGGUCCGAUAAAAUUAAGUAUCCAAAAUUUUGCCGGUGUAAUAGUGUUGUGGUUGGUGGGUAUGAUAAUUAGUGUGGCGGCUUUUGGAUCGGAGUUAGCUUGGUUUAGACUUUGUAAGAGGAUGAAAGACAGCCUUAUAAGGGCUAAAAAACGUGAGAAAAUAAUAAUACAGAAUGAUUCCAAAAACUCGGAUUAG